CACAUGACCAUUCUCAUUUAAAAAAAUCAUCGAUUACGUCAUCGCGCCCAGAUGGAUGACGUCACUAGUAUGAUAUAUAUGCCAAAAAAUCUGAAUCUAAAAAUAAAAAUCGACCCGUUUCAGGAUUUUUCAUUAAUGUCGCUGGUUUACGAAAUAAUGAAUUUAUGCGUUACUUUAUGGACGCACUGUAUAUGCAAUCUUAAGAUUCGAUUUUAGCAAUAAAAUAGCUGGUAAAUAAUUUUUCCCAAAAAUGGCAUUUUUUCGAUAAUUUUCCCAGACUAUCAACAAGUUCCAAUAAACGGGAGCGCCAACCCAAAUUCUGAGCAGUCUCAACAUGAUAAGAUUAAUAUCCCCAGUUGUAACUAAUAUCGAAAUGAAUAAGAAUCGCUAUAUUCUGCGGCUGUCAUGGCGGUGUCGAAAUGAAAUUGCGACUGUCGAAAUGAAUUAGAAUCAGGGCCCAGAAACGAUACAAGAAUUUGUGUCAGGCACAGAUUCUUGUACAAUAACUGCGCCAAUUUCUGCGCAAAGAGCAAAAACGUAAAACCUGCUGGUAAAACUUCUAAAUCUCAUAAUGGCGGCUGAAAAUGAGAUCAUAUGAUUUAUGUCUUGAUAAAUUUAUUUGUGUUUUGUAGGUAUUAUUUAUAAAUAUUUUAUUGAUACUUAAUAUACCGUUUGGUAUGGACUACUGUUCUACUAAUAACCAUAUAUUUAGAAUAACUUUGGGUUUCAUAUUGCAUAAUUUUUUAAUAGAGGAAAAUACAAUAGUUCCAAUUUGGAUCAAACUGAAGAUAAUUAUAAUGCAAAUAUUUUAGCACAAAUAUCAAAACAAAAUAAAAAUCACAAAUAAUCAACAGUCAACGUAAAAAUUCUAGUUAUUAUAACAAUAAAAUAUUUGUUUUUAAAAGUUUAUAAAUUUUAUAAAAUCCUUAAAAUCAGCUGUAGACGCAGUACUACCAUCAUACCAAUGUAAGGUGACAGGGUGACAAACAAAAUUUCGACCAAUCACGUGCCGAAUUUCAUACAGUUUUCGAUACAAGAACUUGCAUAGUGUCAUACAGGGCACAAAUGUACAUACAAGAAAUGAUACAAGAAAAUGUAUACAAGAAACGAUAUCAGAAACGAUAUUAGAAAUGAUACAAGAAAAUGCAUAGUGUCAUACAGCCUUAAUGAUAAACGUAUUGGGAAAAGAGAGAGUGGAAGAACUAUCUGUAUUUGCGAUCGCGCCCGUAUUUUGGAUAAACGUAUUGGGAAAAGAGAGAGGAAGAACUAUAAACAUAAUAUUUAAGUUGGGCCCACCCCAAUUCCUCAACUGUCAUCAACACGUCUAACUUCACGCGUAAUUUUGAUACGAGAAUUAUAAAAAAAUAUGCAUUGAAAUCCAGAUCCCGUAAUUUUUUGAGUAUUAUAAAGUAAGUACAAAGACAUUACAUAAAUUUUUUUGUAAUUCCACCUUCAAUUUACCGUGCACUUCUCGUUGACUCUUACCGAUAAGGUAGAGUCGUUGAUGAACCGGGCGGCGCAGUGGUGCCUAACUUCUCAACUAUACGAAAGACAUGGGGGUUGCGCAUGCGCUCGUCACAGUGGUCACAGACUACGUCCUACGUCACAUGUCACAUGAUAAAAGGAGCUAAAAAAACUAAAAACGAAACAAAAACAAAACCAAAAACUAAAAAUUUGCAUAGAGAUGAGAGUUUUUAUCGGCACCAUUGUAUAACUAGAUAAACAAUGUCGGUACGGUUUUUAUCACAGGUUUUUAUUUUGUAGGUGUAGGGCUUAGAUGGUCUUUAAGGGGUAGGCGGGUGGGCUUUAUUCUUUAUGUUCUGUACUUCAUCAUCAGUGUUCAGUGUGUUAGAUAUGGAAUCUAAAAUUGAAAUUAAAGAAGAGUCUGUUGAAUGUGGCCAAAGUAACGUAGAGAAUCAGCUGUUCACAUCAACCGAUCUUGAGGACUUAAAUAAUGGACCAGCAGGUAAUUCAACUAGGGCAGUAAAAGCUGAAAUUAAGGAAGAGUUCAUUGAAAGUGAUCCAAUGUAUACAGAGGGUCAGGUAUCCACCUCCCUUGAUCUGCGAGAUGUAAAGAAUGAACCAGAUGAGUAUAACUCAGAUCGGGCAGUAAAAGCUGAUAUUAAGGAAGAUUUUGAUGAAGGUGAUCCGAGAUAUGAAGAGGGUCAGCUAUCCACCUCCCUUGAUCUGGAAGACGUGAAGGAUGAAGAUACCUCAGGUUUUCUUGGAGAAGAAAACAUAUCGGAAAGUACGAAAACAAUACUUCUACAUUCGAGUGAUAAAGAACAACCUAUGCGUCGACCUAUUGAAGAAAACCCAAUAAAUUGUAAAAUUUGUUUUAAGCAACUUGCCAAUAGAAGUUCAUUAAAGGGACACAUGAUAGUUCACACAGGAGAUGAGUCUUACAAGUGUGAAAUUUGUUUUAAACAGUUUGGGAAAACAAGUAAUUUGAAUCAACAUUUGAAGAUACACACUGGAGAAAAACCAUUCAAGUGCCAAAUUUGUUUAAAACAGUUUGCUCAUAAAUAUUUAUUGGAUAUACAUACAAACGUUCACACUGGCAAAAAUCCUUAUAAAUGCGAAACUUGUUUCAAGCAGUUUACUCUUUCGAGUAGUUUAAAAAUACAUUUAAGGGUGCAUACUGGAGAAAAACCUUAUAAGUGCGAGAUUUGUUUAAAGCAGUUUGCUCAAAAAGGUUUUCUUGGAGAGGAAAACAUAUCGAAAACUACGAAAACAAUACUUGCACAUCCAUGUGAUAAAAAACAACCUACGCAUCGACCUAUUAAAGAAAACCCAAUAAAUUGUAAAAUGUGUUUUAAGCAACUUGCCAAUAGAAGUUCAUUAAAGGGAAACAUGAUAAGAGAAGCUCCUUAUACGUGUGAAAGUUGUUUUAAGCGGUUUUCUCUAAAAAAUAAUUUGAAAUCACAUUUCAAAUUGCACACGGCAGAGCAGCGUUACAAGUGUGAAAUAUGUCUUAAGAAGUUUACUUAUAAAAGUAUGUUGGAUCGACAUACGACAGUACAUACUGGAGAAAAACCUUACAAGUGUGAAAUUUGUUGUAAACAGUUUACAAAAGCAAGCAAUUUGAAUCAACAUUUGAAGAUACACACUGGAGAAAAACCAUUCAAGUGCGAAAUUUGUUUAAAGCAGUUUGCUCAAAAAGUUAGUUUAGAUAUACACACGAACGUUCACACUGGCAAAAAACCUUUUAAAUGCGAAACUUGUUCAAAGCAGUUUACUAAUUCGAGUGGUUUAAAAACACAUUUGAGGGUACACAGUGGGGAAAAACCUUAUAAGUGCGAAAUUUGUUUUAAGCAGUUUAGUGAUUCGAGUAGUUUAAAAAAACAUUUGAGAUUGCACACUGGGGAAAAACCUUACAAGUGCGACAUUUGUUUUAAGCCGUUUACUCUUUCGAGCAAUUUAAAAGAACAUAUGAGAUUGCACACUGGGGAAAAACCAUUUAAGUGCAAAAUUUGUUUAAAGCAGUUUACUAAUUCGAGUGGAUUAAAAACACAUUUGAGAUUGCACACUGGAGAAAAACCUUACAAGUGUAAAAUUUGUUUUAAGCAGUUCACAAUUAAAUCAUCUUUGAAUCGACAUACGAAAGUUCACACUGGCUGAAAAUGUUAAAAGUGCGAAAUAUAUUUCAAAUCGUUUGUUAAAUCAAAUUAUUUAAAAUUACAUGAGAUUUCACACUGAAGAAAGACUUUAUACAAGAAGUGUGACAUUUGUUUUAAGCACUUUAAAGACAUUUGGAUGAUCAUAAAAAAGUUCACACUAGCGGGAAACCUUAUAAGUGUGAAGUUUGUUAAAGCUAAUAUGGAAAGACGUUUAAGAACUCAUACUGAAUAAAUGCUGAACUCAUCUGCAAUUGUGACAUUUGUUUCAAAUUAUUUUCUCAACUGGUCAUACAAAUCACUUCCAGAAUAAGUAAUGGGGAUUGAAUUUAUUCUUAAAAAUUGUAUUUGUUCGUAACGAAAGAAUAUGAUUCAGUUUAAGGCUCAAUUUUUAGAAUUCUCAAGCUUGUUGCGAAAAGUAGUUAUAACUCAGAUAGGAAUUGUAUUGGAAAACAAUAAAUCCGUUAAAAGUAAUAAAAUAUAUAAGUAUAAACAUAUGAGAUUGCAUACUGAGGAAUAACCUUACAAGUGUGAAAUUUGUUUCAAGCAGUUUACUGUUUCGAGUAGUUUAAAAAAACAUUUGAGAUUGCACAAUGGGAAAAAACCUUAUAAGUGCGAAAUUUGUUUUAAGUAGUUCACAAUUAAAUCAUCUUUGAAUCGACAUACGAAAGUUCACACUGGCGAAAAAUGUUAAAAAUGCGAAAUAUAUUACAAAUCGUUUGUUAAAUCAAAUUAUUAAAAAUUGCAUGAGAUUUCACACUGAGGGAAGACUUUACAAGAAGUGUGAAAUUUGUUGUAAGCACUUUAAAGACAUUUGGAUGAUCAUAAAAAAGUUCGCACUAGCGGGAAACCUUAGUGUGAAGUUUGUUAAAGCUAAUUUGGAAAGACAUUCAAGAACUCGUACUGAAUAAAUGCUGAACUCGUAUCCAAUUGUGAAAUUUAUUUCUAAUAGUUGCUUUAAUUUGAAUUUAGAAUCGUCUUUAGGGGCCAAACAGAAAACAAAAACAAUUUUUUUAUUUUUAAUACAUGUUUUAAAUUAUGUUCUGUUGUGAUUUAUAACAUUUUUUUCGAAAUUAAAAUUUUAUGCAAGUUCCCUAUUAAAUCAUCUUUGGAUCGAUAUACGAAAGUUCACACUGGCGAAAAAUGUUAAAAGUGCGAAAUAUGUUUCAAAUAGUUUGUUAAAUCAAAUUAUUUCUCUCACGGUUUCAGAAAAUUGCGCACAACUUUUUUUCUGGGAAAUUAUACGCGGUGUAGUUCCUUAAUUCUAGUCUCCUAACUAUAUCCUUCCUCGACAAUAUAAUUGACCGCUCAGAUAGUGACUCAGUUCGCUUCAUGUGAGAUAUUCUCUCAUCGCGCGACCACCGGCGCCACCAACUGUGUAUAAAAAUAAAUUUAUUUUGGCACUUAAAACCGUAAAACUUAAAAAUAUCCUUUUAUAUUGUAACAAAAGGCGCCGUGGAUGUGGUCGAUGAAAUGAAAACCCUAUAUUCUGUUUCACGGAUUAGUUGUAGAUGGCCACUAUUACCACAUAUUUUUCAAUAUUAAAUAUAUAUUUGCGGCAUCAACAGUCACAUUGUAUAUAAAGAUAAUAAUAAUAAAACAGAAGAAUGUCGUGUCUUUUUAAAGGGAUUGACUUUAUCGUUGAUGAAACGUCAUCUUAUAAAUCGUCCGACAAUUCCAAACUUAACUUUAAGCCUUCGGAAUUCUAUUGCAAGAAUUGCCAAAAUAACAUUACCGAACUCAUCAUAACCUGAACCAUCGGAUAUUCAGUUUUGUUCAUUUUGCCCUCGCCGCAAAAAUAGAAAAGUAAAAAAACAUUGUAAUUCUUGUCAUCAACCAAUUUUUCCAGAGCAUUCUUGUUAUACUUGUGUAAAGGGCGAUGCCGUAAAUUAUGAAGAUACGGAGAUUAAUUAAUAUUGGUUUAAUUCCGAUCAUUUUUUUUUGUAUCUUAUCAUAUUAUUAUGUGUAGAUAAUAUGUUAUUUUAUUAUGUUCUUAGUUAAUAAAAAAAAGUUUACAAUCUG